AUGGACGACGGCGUUGUAGCAGCUGCAGCUGCGGCAGCGGCUUCUUCGCCAUCAUCGCCGUGGAGCCUGCUCCAGGGGCUCCUGGCCCUGCUCGUCGUGUGGGGGGCGUACCGGGCCGCGCAGACAUUCUGGCUGCGGCCGCGGCGGCUCAACCGGGCGCUCCGGGCGCAGGGGCUCACCGGGACGGAGUACCGCUUCCCGGCGGGCGACCUGAAGGAGAACGCUAGGCUCAACGACGAGGCGCGGUCGAGGCCCAUGCCGCCGUGCCACGACGUUGUUCCCCGCGUGAUGCCGCAUCUCUUCAACACUAUCAAGGAACACGGCAACAUUUGUAUCACCUGGUUCGGACCAAUUCCGAGGGUGGUCAUCACGGAGGCAGAGUUAGUCAGAGACAUCCUAUCAAACAAGUUUGGUCACUUCGAGAAGUUCACGAACAAGCGUCUGGGGAAACUGCUCGCCCUUGGGCUUGCGACUUACGAAGGCGAGAAAUGGGCAAAACACAGAAGGACCCUGAACCCCGCAUUCCAUCUCGAAAAGCUCAAGCGCAUGCUGCCGGCGUUCUCGACGUGCUGUACUGAGCUUAUAGAUCGCUGGGAGAACAAGCUCGCUGGUUCUGACGGAUCAUAUGAACUGGAUAUCUGGCCGGAGUUUCAGAACCUCACUGGAGACGUGAUCUCCCGCACGGCAUUUGGCAGCAGCUUCAUGGAAGGGCGAAGGAUCUUCCAACUUCAGGGCGAGCAAGCAGAGCGGCUAAUCAAGGCCUUCCAGUAUAUGUACAUCCCAGGCUUCAUGUUCUUCCCGACACAGAACAAUCGGAGGAUGAACGAGAUCAACAGGGAAAUCGAAGGGACUCUAAGGGGCAUGAUCGAGAAGAGGGAGCGUGCAAUCGAAAACGGCGAAGCGAGCGGCAAUGACUUGCUCGGUUUGCUACUGCAGUCGAACAUGGAGAGCGGGAAAGGCAGCCUGAGGAUGAGCACCGAGGACGUGAUUGAGGAGUGCAAGCUCUUCUACUUCGCGGGGAUGGAAACCACGUCGGUGCUGCUCACGUGGACGCUCGUCAUCCUAGGCAUGCACCCAGAGUGGCAGGACCGCGCGAGGGAGGAGGUCCUUAGCGUGUUCGGCAGGGACAAGCAGCCCAAUUUCGACGGCCUAGGUCGACUCAAAACGGCAAGGGUAAUCCUCGAGCUUCCCAUAAUCGUCGUCCACCACAAUCCUGAUGUCUGGGGGAAAGACGCACAUGAGUUCAAGCCAGAGAGGUUCGCUGAGGGGAUCUCAAAGGCGACCAAGGACCAACCAGCAUUCUUCCCCUUCGGGUGGGGGCCGAGGAUCUGUAUCGGGCAGAACUUUGCGCUGCUUGAGGCCAAGAUGGCCUUGAGCAUGAUCCUCCAGCGCUUCGAGUUCCAACUGUCGCCUUCGUACACGCAUGCACCGUACACUGUCCUUACGCUGCAUCCUCAGCAUGGCGCGCCAAUUAUAUUCAAGAAGAUCUGA